UCCUGGUUGGUUUGGGCUCAUUAGUACUGAGGCAUGAUGGGGAGUCCAGAAUGUAACGGAUUUUAACGAUUUUAACGCUUUUUACUUCCGGGCUCCAACUAUCAGCACCCCUUUGUAGGGAACGUCGAGGAUGAAUCCGCUAGAGAGGGAGAAGGAGGUGCUCUGUGCAGAAGAGCCAAUGAGACGGCUGACUCUUGUGAGUGACAUAUCGUUUGGCCAAUGGGUUUACUCCCUGAGGCCCCGCGAGAGGACCGGAACUUGGGAGUCUGAGUCUGUGGGCGCGUGGUGUGGUGCGACCCUUGAGCGCAGCGUUUUCUUGAGCCCUCCGCGGAGCUGCGCGAGCUUUGGAGUGCUGCCUUUCAAUGGAUCCUGUUCGACCACCCUCCAGGGUCCUGUCUCCUGUGCACCCAUCUCGCUCUGUGCGGAUGCCAGGCUCUCGGCCACAAGCUUCAAAACCUUUGGACUCAGCUCUGGGUAGGGCAGGACCUUCAGGCAGAGGCCAUGUAUUUGGAAUGGGAGAAGAGCCAAGCCCACAGAGUGGGCCAACACAAAGGGAAUCUGUGGGUUUGGUCCCCAUGUUCCAAGGACUGGGCCUUGAAACAGCAUCCCAGACCUCUCUGAAACAGGAAAUGCCUCCUUUAGGUAGAGGCAUUUUAGGUCGAGGCUUGUCUACCAGGGUGGCACGCAAGGACAAAGAAGAACCCCAUCCCACUCUUCUGGAUCCUUCAGUGUUGGCAGCUGGGGAUAGCAAGAUGGCAGAGGCCUCUUUUGGUUGGAAUAGAAUGCUUGGAAGAGGGAAUUUGGAUGCAUCUUUAUUACCUGUGGGAAGAGCAGGUCGUGGUAUUGGCAGAGGAGUAUACAAGCCUCUGAGUGCUGCCAGCCUGACAGGUGUUAUUGGUAGAGGAGUGUACAAGGCUCCAGGCCUGACUUCUCCGGAUCCCGCCCAGCUGUCAUCUCCGUCACCCCUGCCUCCAGCACCACUGCACUCUCUGGAUCACCCUCCACUUGGGACUGCAGAACACAAGGAAAAAGAGAUUCUUGUGAAGCAAGGAUCAAAAGGAACACCUCAAUAUUUGGGAUUAAACCUUAUCAAAAUACAGUGUCAAAAUGAAGCAGUUUAUCAAUAUCAUGUGACUUUCAGCCCCAAUGUGGAGUGCAAAAGAAUGAGGUUUGGCAUGUUGAGGGACCAUCAAGCUGUCACCGGAAACACCACUGCUUUUGAUGGAUCCAUUCUUUAUCUGCCUGUUAAGCUUCAACAAGUUCUUGAGUUAAAAAGUCAAAGGAAAACUGACAGUGCCGAGAUCACCAUUAAGAUUCAGUUGACAAAGAUCCUGGAGCCCUGUUCUGACUUGUGCAUUCCCUUCUACAAUGUUGUUUUCCGUCGGGUAAUGAAACUUCUAGAUAUGACACUUGUGGGGAGAAACUUCUAUGACCCUAUACGUGUUAUGGUACUACAGCAACACAGAUUGCAGAUCUGGCCAGGCUAUGCAGCUAGCAUCCGAAGGACAGAUGGAGGCCUUUUCCUGCUAGCCGAUGUCUCCCACAAGGUCAUUCGGAAUGAUUCUGUGCUGGACAUCAUGCAUGCCAUGUACCAACAGAACAAAGAAAACUUCAAGGAUGAGUGCACUAAGCUUCUGGUUGGCAGUAUUGUUAUAACCCGAUAUAAUAAUCGUACCUAUCGUAUUGAUGAUGUGGAUUGGAACAAGACUCCAAAAGACAGCUUCACCAUGUCUGAUGGGAAGGAGAUUACCUUCUUGGAAUACUACAGCAAAAACUAUGGGAUCACAGUAAGGGAAGAGGACCAGCCACUGCUCAUCCACAGGCCCAGUGAGCGACAGAAUAACCAGGGGAUGCUGCUAAAAGGUGAAAUCCUGCUGCUGCCUGAGCUUUCCUUCAUGACUGGAAUCCCUGAGAAGAUGAAGAAGGACUUUAGAGCCAUGAAGGAUUUGACCCAGCAGAUCAACCUGAGCCCCAAGCAGCACCAUGAUGCUCUGGAAUGCUUGCUACAGAGAAUUUCAAAAAAUGAGAUAGCCAACAAUGAACUGACACGUUGGGGACUCUGCCUGCAGAAGGAUGUACAUAAGGUUGAAGGACGUGUUCUGCCAAUGGAAAGAAUUAACCUAAGAAGUACAUCAUUUAUCCCAUCUCAGGAGCUAAACUGGAUGAAGGAAAUAACCAGAGAUCUUUCCAUCUUGACUGUCCCCAUGCAUUUCUGGGCGCUCUUUUACCCAAAGAGAGCAGUGGAUCAGGCCCGAGAACUGGUGAACAUGUUAGAGAAGGUAGCUGGUCCCAUGGGCAUGCGCAUGAGCCCGCCGGCCUGUGUGGAGCUGAAGGAUGAUCGCAUAGAGACCUACGUCAGAACCAUUCAGUCCAUCCUGGGAGUUGAGGGGAAGAUACAGAUGGUUGUUUGCAUAAUCAUGGGCACACGUGAUGAUCUCUAUGGGGCCAUUAAAAAGCUGUGCUGUGUGCAGACUCCUGUGCCCUCGCAGGUCAUCAAUGUCCGAACCAUUAGUCAGCCCACCAAGCUUCGGAGUGUGGCGCAGAAAAUUUUACUUCAGAUUAACUGUAAAUUGGGUGGUGAACUCUGGGGAGUGGAUAUUCCUCUGAAACAAUUAAUGGUGAUUGGGAUAGAUGUUUACCAUGACCCCAGCAGAGGCAUGCGCUCAGUGGUUGGCUUUGUUGCGAGCAUCAAUCUCACUCUCACAAAGUGGCAUUCACAAGUGGUAUUCCAGAUGCCUCAUCAGGAGAUUGUGGAUAGCCUGAAGUUGUGCCUGGUGGGCUCCUUAAAAAAGUUUUAUCAGGUGAACCACUGUCUCCCAGAGAAGAUUGUGGUGUACCGUGACGGAGUGUCUGAUGGCCAACUAAAGACAGUAGCCGGCUUUGAGAUUCCUCAGCUCCAGCAGUGUUUUGAAGCUUUUCAGAAUUAUCAGCCCAAGAUGGUGGUAUUUGUAGUUCAGAAGAAGAUCAGCACCAAUCUGUACCUGGCUGCUGCCCAGCACUUUGUGACUCCCUCCCCUGGGACUGUGGUAGAUCAUACAAUAACAAGCUGUGAGUGGGUGGACUUCUACCUUCUUGCCCAUCAUGUACGGCAGGGGUGUGGCAUUCCUACCCAUUAUGUUUGCGUUCUCAACACUGCAAACCUGAGCCCUGAUCAUAUGCAGAGGUUGACUUUCAAACUGUGCCACAUGUACUGGAAUUGGCCUGGUACCAUCAGAGUUCCAGCUCCUUGCAAGUACGCCCACAAACUGGCCUUCCUGUCAGGACAAAUCUUGCAUCGUGAACCAGCCAUCCAGCUGUGUGAGAACCUGUUCUUUCUGUGACUGGACAGUCAGUACAUGGGCUGGUCAGAGCAGUCAGACUUCUGAACUCAGCUGUGUAGGAUCAACAGCGACCGAAAGGGGUUUUGUAUUGGUGAUUUCCCUUUUACCAACACAGUAGAAUAAGAUACCUUUUUCUUUUUCUUUCUCUUUUAAACCUGAUAUCACCAAGAAGCAAGUUCCAUUCUAAGUAUCAGCUAGAAAUCUUCCUGUUACCUUUGUAGAGCAAAUGGGGAUAGUGCUCCAACUGCAUAGAUGGGGUGGGUGAAGAUGGGACCAUUUAAGAGCCUCCAAAGCCAACAUGAGCUAUAGAAACCUGCAGAAGCAGCAAUUACACCUAUUAAACUCUGCUUACUAAGCCGUUCCCAUUUCUGGUGCCAAAGGUGGUGAUGAAUGAAGUCACUGCAAGUAUCUUAAAGUACAGAGCUACUUUAUUUAGGCAACUGGGAAAGGUAAUAAAAAGGCAAAGUUUAAGAUACAGCUCUCGCUGGCAAGUGUGUAAGGCAUGUCGUAAAACCACCUGGUGGGGAGUCAGUGCCUCACUGACUUCAUCUUCUCUAGGGAUAGAACUGAUGAUACCUAUGACUUGAGCUAGCUUUGAAAGAGGAUGUUUAGCUAUUCCUUGGCCUCUUGAGAGAGGCCAGAUGCAGUUUUUUCUGCAUAUUUCAGUUGCUUUAUAGUAUGUCUUGUUUUGUUCUGUUUUGGCUAUGCCCAUGGUAUGUGCAAGUUCCCAUAGCCAUGGCAGUGGCAAUGCUGGAUCCUUAACCCACUGAGCCACCAGGGAACUCCUAUAGUAUGCCAUGUUGAUUUUUUUCCUACCUCCACAGCCCCUAUCCCUGCCAGGCACAUACACACACAUAGCUUUGCUCCUUGUUACUGAUCUUUAGUAAGUUUCAUUUUUUUUAAAUUAAGAAUCAGAGGAGUUCCCGUCGUGGCUCAGUGGUUAAUGAAUCUGACUAGGAACCAUGAGGUUGCAGGUUCGAUCCCUGGCCUUGCUCAGUGGGUCAAGGAUCUGGCACUGCCAUGAGUUGUGGUGUAGGUCGCAUUUGCGGCUCAGAUCCCGCUUUGCUGCGUCUCUGGCGUAGGCUGGCGGCUGCAGCUCCGAUUCAACCCAAGCCUGGGAACCUCCAUAUGCUGCAGGAGCGGCCCUAGAAAAGGCAAAAAGACACACACACACACACACACACACACACACACACACACACACAAAUUAAGAAUCAGAACAUGUGAAAUUCAACAGCUAGGAAAGUUCAUGAUGGGGUGUGAGCUAUUCCUGACCCCUUCUUCCCAGUGUGUCACUUUUUCUGUUGAUAUGUUUCCAAAUAGAAUCACUCAUUUCCCUUGCUCAAUAUUCUCUUCCCAGCUGUUGGCUCUUUUUAUUAUAAUUUUUCUGGGAGUUCUUGUGGUACAGCAGAAACGAAUCCGACUAGUAACCAUGAGGGUGCGGGUUUGAUCCUGGGCCUUGCUCAGUGGGUUAAGGAUCUGGUGUUGCUGUGAGCUGUAGUGUAGAUCAAAAGACGAGGCUCAGAUCCAUCAUUGCUGUGGCUGUGGUGUAGGCCGGCAGCUGUAGCUCUGAUUCAACCCCUAGCCUGGGAACUUCCGUAUACCUCGGGUGCGGCCCUGAAAAAAGAGAAAAAAAAAAAAAGAAAAUUUUAUGAAUACACAUUAAGGUUUCCAGAAGUUGGCUUUGGAAAAUAUGACACACAUGCUAAAGACCAGACAUUUCAAUUUAGAAAGUUGUCACUAUGCCUGUGGAUUUCAGUACUUUGGGGAAGAACUAUUUUUUUGUGUGUUUAUUUUUCCCCAUUUUAAAAUCUUCCAGUCCCUUCAGGGCUAAUUCAGUCUUAUCGUGCUUUACCCAAGUUUUAAAAACCAGUUUUAUUUAACCUUUUCAAAUUUGUAUUUAUUUUUUGGUGUGAUAGCAGGGAGGGAAUGAGGCAGAAAUCCCCAUUUUAUAUGACAGUAUGUGAGAAGAGAAACUUUAGCUAAAAACUCCUUUUAAGAAGGAAGCAGAGUUAGCAUAGUGCACUCCCGAAGCCACUCACAGUGCGGGACGGGGAAGGCUGAGACCUGGGAUUUCAACACCGCAUCAGAUCACUGGGGUUUAGCUUAAGAGUUUUCUGGUUUUCUUUGGAAGUGUUUUGAAUUUCUCCUUUGAAGUUAGAUUUCCUAAUACUCGUUUUCUGUUAUAUUAAUUAGAAAAGACAAAUACUUGAAUAUAAUAUAAACAUUUCUUCUCUUUUAUUCCUAGUUUUCUUGGCUUGUUUUUUCAGUCUUAACGUGAAAUGACUGGGUCAUGGGGUAGGAAAUAAAACAAAUUUGUA